GUAGUAAGCGCUGCCUCCGCCGGAACUAAAGCCGCUGAAACCCCCUCUGAAGUGACUUCCGCGACCACCAAAGGAAAGGUAGCCGGGCUCAGGAUCGGCGUCAGCGCUCCUCUUGCCAAUAUAGUGGCCAUGUCCGCCACUGUGGAAACCGCCUCCACGGGAGAAGCCGACACUGUAGCCGCCAUGGUGAAAGUAGCCGGGCUCGGGAUCGGCGUCAGCGCUCCUCUUGCCACGGUAGUAACCAUAAUGUCCGCCACUGUGGAAACCGCCUCCACGGGAGAAGCCGCCGCCACGUCCGCCACCAAAGAGGUAGCCGGGCUCAGCCUCCGGCUCUGGCUCAGCGCUGGACAGCGCGAACAGGACGGCCACGAUGGCGCCAACGAUGACCUGCGGCAGGAAGGUUACCAUAUCAUGGCUGUGCAGAGUAACUUUACAGAAGCACACGCAUAUAGUAAAGGUAGGAAUUAACUGUUGUACACCAGUUUGUUGGCACAAGGCAGUGACUGCAGAGGGUUUAGAUAUAAAGUGCAGGUGUAAAUGUUUCAGUGCCAGAGUGCUUAGAAUUUUACUGGUGGUAUUGCAUUGCAUGUCUUCUGAGUAUAUG